UACAUACUAAUUAUCGAUACCAUGUUAGCUCCCUAGACACUGUCUGUACAGAAUUCGAAGGUUUAAAUAAAUAAAAUUAGGAAUUUGGAAUAUAUUCUUAGCCGCUACAAAGAAUCCCCAUGAAAAUGGAUGCCGACAGCAGUCGUGGCCACAAAGAUUCCCAUGGGUCCAGGUCACGUCGCAAAAGAGAUUCCUACGAAAGGGACAAUAGCAGAGAACGGAAACGAGAGCGGGAUCGGGAGCGGCAGCGGGAGGAUGAGAAAAAGGUUCCCUACUUCGCAGACGCAGGACGCGAGCGAGAUCGGGUAAAGAACUCCCGCACCAAUCGCCGCAGUCGCACUCGUUCCAGAUCACGCUCAUCCGAAAGGAGGCGGUGGCAUCGUCGGAGAAGUAGCAGCGACAGCAGGAAUCAUUACCGCAGUCGAAGUCCCAAUCGUCGCAGUAUGCGCAAGGACACUCCGCCGCCAAAGAUUAUAAAUUACUAUGUGCAAGUUCCAGCACAUGAAUUCAAUGGAUACGGAUACGGCAUGUAUGGACCGUAUGGCAUGGUGCCGCCACCAAGGUACGGAUACCAGCGACUUCCACGUCCAUCGCACUUCCCAUCAGCACACCUAAUGUACCGCCAUCGUCCGCCGUUUAGUAGGACCCCGAGAUUUAGCUACAGAAACGCCUGGCGGCCACCACAUUAGACAUUCUUAAUUCGACGUAAUUACAAAUUUAUUUACAUUCGUGUGAUUUAUACAUUAAAAUAAUAAAUACACAUAUAUUUGAAACAAAAAAGGGGUGAACAUAAUAUAUU